AUGGGGAAAACAGGACUGAAAAGGAAGCGCUGGCUGAGGCAUGAGCAAGAAGUAAAGCAGGGAAGAAGGAAAAGACAGGCAAAGAAGCUGAUGCUCAUUCAGCAGGGAUUUGCAGCAAAAGUAAAUAAUUCUUUAAUAAAAGCUUUAUCAAUUCGCAAAGAUUAAAAUCCCACGUGGCAAGCAGACUAAGAUAGGUUUAUUGCACCAGACAACUAUGGAAAUAGGUCAGAUAGAUGUUUUUUUGGAAUUCUUGAUGGCUGUCACAGUGUGACAGCUGCAGAAACAGUUGCAGCAGAGCUUCCACUUUUAUUUCUUGAUCAGCUUUCUCAAAUAGGUUCCUCCUACAAAAAUAAGGACAAAGUGCAAAUUGUAGAUUUUUUUUUCACAGUAAUCAAGGCAGAUUACAGGGAAAAAGAGAAGAUAUUCUCUGACAAGCCAGGCAAUGAGGAGACCAAAAAGAUCAGUCCCUACAAAUGGAUUCACAAAGUGUAUGGCAAGUCUUCUAGGAGAAUGCAGAGAUUUUUACAACUGGGAAAAAAUCAGGUUUCCAAAUCUCACUGGAGUGGCUGUUCAGUGGUUACCUGUUUGGUGGAAAGCAUUCCCAGCAAAGAGACAGAUGGCACUGAGGUAGAAGAAAGAAAACAUUCUGAAAAUAACACACACAGUCCAUUAGGCAGAAGGGCCAAAGGUGCUGCUGGACCGCUGUACUUUGCUAUUUAUAGGUAUGUACAUAACACACCAGAAUUUUUUUCCCUUCAUGCAAUAAAAGAAAAUGAUGUAUAUGCAAUCUUAUGUAAAAAUGGAAGGAGUCACUGCCUCUCAAAAGAGCACAGCACUCAUGAGAGAACACUUCAGAACCGUGGAAACACCAGCACUAAUACACCAGAUGGAUUAGUAGAGGGAUACCUGAGAACUACAAGGGUUCCUGGACAUCACAGAGAUGCAACAAAAAGAACAUCUGUUAUACCUGUAACUCAUAUUAUAUCUGUACAUCAGUUUCUUAUUUUGGCUUCUAAAGCGUUUUGGGAGGUUUUGUAUUACAAUGAAGUACUGGCACCACCUCUAACAACAUUCACUCCUUAUUUGAGAAUGCAUGAACGGUGUUCAACAAAACAGGACUUCUCUGUGUGUCAGUAUUCAAUGUCCCUCACUGAAGACAACCUAAAUGACUCAAAUGCUAUUAAUAAUCUGCAAGAUGGAAUACAGAUAUUCUAAUAAAGAUAUUUUUCACAGUGACUCAAAAGGCAAUCUGAAACAAAAUAAAUGAAAAUGUUCUAGGAGGAACUACACACAAAGAUGGAGUUCCUAAGGAAACUGACAACAAAAAAAACCCCAA